AAAGAGCCUGCACAAAUACUUAAAGUGAAAGUGCUGCUGGUUUUAAAAGGCUGGAGUCAGUAUUCCAGUUAUUCAGUCAUCUUACAAAGUUCUUAGUGUAUACAAGAGUGCAAUGGAGAAUAAUUCUAUUCUUCUUCCAAAUGGACAAUUAAUGCCAAUAGUUGGUUUUGGAACUUGGCAGGCAAAAGAAGAGGAAUUACAGAAAGCAUUGGACAUUGCAUUAGAGGCAGGAUAUAGACAUAUUGAUACAGCAACAGUAUAUGAAAAUGAAAAAAUAAUUGGUCAGGUUCUCAAAAAAUGGUUUGAUUCUGGAAAAAUUAAGCGAUCUGAUAUUUUCAUUGUUACAAAGCUUCCUCCUUCUGGAAACAGACCGGAAGAUGUUGAAAAAUGCAUUAAAAAAUCUUUAAAAGAUCUGCAGUUAGAAUAUGUAGAUCUUUAUUUGAUUCACACUCCUUUCGCAUUUGAAAAAGUAAAAGGAGAUUUUCAUCCUCAGGAUGAAAAUGGAGAAAUUAAGCUUGAUCUCAGUACGGAUCACGUCAAAAUUUGGGCUGAAAUGGAGAAGCAAGUCAACUGUGGACGAGCUAAAGCAAUUGGAUUAUCAAAUUUCAAUGUUCACCAAAUUACGCGAAUUUUAAAUAAUUCGAAGGUAAAAGUAUCGAUGUUGCAAGUUGAAUUGCAUGUUUACUUACAACAGAAGCAUUUGGUAGAAUUCUGUAAAAAGCAAAACAUUCCUAUAACAGCAUAUUCGCCACUUGGUACACGCGGUUUUGUGAAAUUACUGAAAAAAUCGCAAGAAAUCCCAGAUAUGUUACAAGACAAUGUAGUAUUAGAAAUAGCAAAGAAUUACAAGAAAUCAUCUGCACAAAUUUUAUUACGAUUUAUUGUACAAAAUGGAAUCGCAGUUAUCCCUAAAAGUACGAAUUCUCAAAGAAUUAAAGAAAAUAUACAACUAUUCAGUUGGGAACUUCAGCCGGAGGAUAUGGAAAAAUUAUCAAAUCUCGAUCUUCACGAAGCUGGCAGAAUUUGUGAUUUUAUUAUGUUUAAGGGCAUAAAACGUCAUCCUGAAUAUCCUUUUUAA